AUGCAUUUUUCUCGUAUGAUGGGUGGCUCAGCGAUCAAGCUUGUGACUCUAGAUGUCACUAACACACUUAUCCGAGUUGUCAGGUCACCUGGGUAUCAGUACGCUUACAUUGGCCUCAAACAUGGAUUGGAAUUGGAUGAUCGUGUCCUUACAGGGCUGUUCUUCAAAUACUACAAAGAAUAUUCUCGCAAGUAUCCAAACUUUGGUGUUCAGUGCAUGAUUUCACCACACACAUGGUGGACUGCACUAGUCAAGGACUGCUUUCGCAGUGCAGAUGCACGCAUACCUGAGGAGACCUUGAACUUGUUAGCGGAUGAUCUCUACUUUCAUUAUACCACAGCAAAGCCUUGGGAGCUGUUUCCUGGAGCAGUUGAGGCAAUCAAAGAUCUCCGUCAGUAUGCAGUGAAAAUUGGAGUAAUUUCCAACUGGGAUCACCGACUGUACAAGGUGCUGGAGGCCAUGAAGUUAAGGCCGUAUUUUGACUUUGUGUUGACUUCUACUGUUGCUUGUGUUGAGAAGCCAGACAGUGCCAUCUUUCACCUUGCAUUACAGAAUGCAGGCUGCCGGCCAGAUGAAGCUGUCCACUUUGGAGAUAAUGUGGAGAAAGACUUUCAUGGAGCCCAUAAUGCGGGAAUGCGUGCAUAUCUUCUAGUUCCAUCUGGUGUGCAGAACCUGUCCGUCAGUCCAAACCUGGUAGUUAACAGCGUGCAAGAGUUUGUCGACGUGAUCCGACCUCAACUUGGUGCCAAAGCUGACCACACCGUACUUGAAAAGAAAGAGAUUGUUUGA